CUCACACCUUAUCAUGCAUUAUGCAGCAAUCCCCAUUGUCGCACACGAUUGUAUAGACUGUCUGUCUGUUUGGUAGUAUCCAGCUCAAGGUGUUGCUUUCAUAUUAUGGCCUUAUCUACUUUUAAAACUCACUUAAACAUGAGAGGAACUAUUUUUACUGCCUUUGUGAUGGUGCUGUCUUUGUUUUGUUUGGGACAAGCACUUGAGUGCUUUCGGUGUGAUCUUGGAUUCUGGGAUGUGUGUUUCACUACCAAGACAAACUGCAGUGAUGAUGAGUUGUGUUAUGUGGGAAUUGGUAAAGCAGCUUCUGUCCUGGAUAUAAAGGUGAUGGGUUGUCUUCCUGUGGAGGAGUGCAACAAGACAACAGAUGUAGAGUUUCCUGCCAAUAAGACCUUCUACACCUUGAACACCACCUGUUGUGAGGAAGACUUCUGCAACGCUGGCCCUUCCAUUCAGUUGUCCCUUGCUCCUCUUUUGCUUCCCAUACUACUUAUUGCAGAGAUGAUGGGUGUGUUUUGAUGAGUUCUAAAUUCUAAUUGUUAUAUAAGGGAUUGAAGGUUCUUCAUGUUUACACUGUUCACGUCCUAUUACUGUUGUGUUGAAUGAUCUAAAACAGCUGCCUUUUAUUUAGCAGAGCACAUUUUGGAUGCUCUUUUCUAGCCAGUUGAUUUUGUUCAUCCAAACGAGUAAGGAUUGUUGAUGAGGUUCUAAUGUUUUCUUAACACGAACAUGUUUUACUGUUCAAUAAAUGCAAAUGUCAAACA